AUGAAGAACGAAAGAUGCAUAAGAGAGCUUUAUAACUCCAACGGAAUGUCUGAGGAGGUCUUCUGCACAAAUGAAUAUGGGUUUGUUGUCGACAGCUUCAGCUCCCAAUCAAGGGACAGCCCCGCCUCUAUCAAAAACGAAUGGUAUGACAUCAUAGAAAGAUGCAAAAACAGCGGAGAAAAACUGCGCAAAAGUGAAGGUGCAAGAAGGCUUAUAUAUCGAGGAAUUCCUCUGUCUCUGAAGUACAGACUGUGGGGGAUGCUUACGCCGAAGGCUUCUGGCUUCAAUUACUCAAACCUGAUAUCCAAGAAGAGUGGGUAUGAGCAUCAAAUCCACGUGGAUGUCCAAAGAACUUUCAGAAGACACUUUCUCUUCAACAGAGAGUAUGGCAGGGGUCAGUGCGAGCUGUUCAAUAUUCUUACCGCAUAUUCAAACUACAACCCCGAUGUUGGAUACUGCCAGGGGAUGUCCAGUGCUGCAGCAUUACUCCUGAUGUAUUUUCCCGAAGAGGAAGCUUUUGAGAUGCUUGUUAGUAUUAUUAAGAACAAUAACCUGGAGGCCCUAUUUGAUAAGAAGCUGAGCAAGGUUCCCUGUGUUCAAAGAAUCCAAGACGAAGUUUUCAGGGCUCUGAUUCCCGAGGUGUAUGGCCAUCUUCUACAUCAAAACAUAGACAUUGGCGUCUACGCCGUUGGAUGGUACCUAACCCUAUUUACAAGGUUCGACAUCAAGUUGGUGCUAAGGAUGUGGGACUUCUUUUUGUUCUUUGACUUCUCUGUCUUCAUAUUCUUUGCUGCAGCCAUUCUCAAGUUUUUUGCUCGGAAGAUAUUGGAGCUUCAAGGAGAGCAACUUAUCGAGUUUAUAGGAACACUAGAUUCCAGAGAGGUGGAUGUUGAAAGGGUUGUCUCGUAUGUAGUAGAAUCCUUUAGGAACGGAGAAUAUGAGUAUUAUAGAGAUAGGGUUUAA